GUUUGGACCUGUUUUUUUGUUGUCAUGUUUUUCUGGUCGUCACUGUGGCAUUAAGGAUUGUUCGUUUUCGGAGCAACAUGGGCGACUCGAUGAAAAGGCUGCUGCAGCGAAUUGUCAGGAGAAUGCCGACUCAGAAUAUCCAGGCGGCUUUAGAUAAGUGGGGCCGGUUAACAGCAGCGCAGAUGCAGUCGCUCGACUUCACCCGCACAAAACUGAUGUUGUCGGCGCAGUUGCUGUCGAUGUGUGAGGCAAAUAGAUUAACCAUGAAACACAUCACAGAACUGGAGAUGAUCUAUGUCAUGGAUAAUCCAAAUCAAAGAAUGUGGCAUGUGUACCAGCUCGUGGACCCCAGCGAUGGAGCCCAAGCUGUUGAGCUGAUCCAGUUUCGAGUCCAACUGAAGGACCAUUUAAGUGAGCUUGAAGGACAAGUAUCGUUAAAAAUAAAAAAGCAGACAGAUGACGCCGUGUGGAUUCGGAUUUCCUGGAAGGGCUCGAACGACUCCCAACCUACCUAUGUGGUCCAUUACCUUCAAACGCCGUACUUCUUUGUGACUGGUCUGAGGUCGAAGCAGAAACCCCUGCUUUUUCAGGCUGUUGUCCACGCCACGAAACAUUGUGCUGUUAAAGAUGCCAAUCUGAGCGGGCUCAAUUUCGCAGCAUUAAGGGACCUUCUAAUGAGACAGUAUCAGCAGUUCCCUUCAAGAUACCCCACCCAGCUUCCAGAAGACAAUCAAACCAUUCCAGAUGCCCGUAUUGAGAGAGAACAAAGUCAGAGCAAAGCCUACAGACAUCAUUUGGCAUGCGAGGCAUUUGGGAACGGGGAGCUGCCGCAGUUACAGUCUGCUGUGUACAAGCUCAGGACAAAAUUCCGAGACAACAGUAACAAGGCCAUGAGUCAGAGGGAAGAGCCCUUCAGAUGUGUUGUGAAAUUCUCCAGCGCCAACCUCCUGGAGUCACUCCGCCACUGCGUUUCCUCUGGAAUCGCCUCGACACCAGUCACACCGCUAUUGUCGUCUGUUCCACUUCGGGGAAGGAACCAUUUUGUCGUCACCGAAAACACCGCUGGAUCAUCUCAACCAGACGCUGAUGCUUGACUUGGACACCUUGAAUUUCCUCUGUCAAACUGAAAUGUUGUUUCAUCUGUUUGCGUCUUUUUUACAUCCCCAUAAUGCCCCUCUGAUUCUAUUCAUUCAAAUCAGU